AUGGCAUCCUUAGAGCCUCUGCUUCCUGGCUCCAUCGCCCUCAGCCCUCGACCUCCACCAGCCAUGGGGCCCACGAUACGCAUGCUCCGCUCACUGUGUCCUUCUGCUCCAGCUCCUGAGCUGAGAGAGGAGGAAGAGAAAAAGGAGGCAGAGGAGGAGGAGGAAGAGAACCUUGGGAUUGGCACCCUAACUGAGGACCACUUCUUGGACCCUGAAGGCAGCGCCAGCCCUUGGGAGCUCAGCCAGCAAAAGAGCAUCCCCUUGAUCUGGGGUGUAGUGUUUCUGCUGGGCCUGCUGCUGGUGGCUGUGGUGCUGGUGGUUGUGGUGGCCAAAAGGAAAGGGAGCAGACUUGGAGUUUGCUGCCAGUUCCAGAGCAGCAGAACCUCAGACACGGCGCAGGACCCAUCCUCAGCAGCCCGCCAGGCUGGUGACUCUGGGAUGGUGGCUGGGUCGCCGUGGGACGUGCCAUACGUGAGGCUCGACUCGCCAGCCUCCUUCGACAACACCACCUACACCAACCUGGUGCUGGAGCCCCCACCAGGGAAAGCCCCGGUCCCACCCCCGCCCUCACCUCCCCCACUGCCUCCCAAGGUUGUGGUGUCCCCCAAGCCUGUCACCUAUGCCACAGUCAUCCUCCUGGGAGGAGACAAAGGUGAGCCGACCCAGGACUCUCCCAGUAGCGCAAGCCCACCUAGCUAAGCUGCUCACUGCACUGGACCCUCUGGGACCAGCCGUGGGGCUGUGGGCAUCCGUCCAACUCAUGGAUGGCCUAGAUUAGUGGCAUUGAACCUACGGCACGUGUGCCACCGUGGGUUACUUGUAUUACUGAAAGCUUUAAAAGGUUCACCAUCACUGCUCUAGAUCCAUGGAAUACUGCAGCAGCCAGGGGCGGGGUGUAAUCUGAUACCCCGACAUUACCAACAGGGAAGGUGGUACUCAUCUGAUGGAGGUGUU